CGACUGGCGAUGGAGAAAUAAACGGAUUCAUCGGGGCGAUGAAGGCGGAAAGCAAAGGCGGUGAGCCAGUAAGCACCAUCUCUCGUCGUCUUCUCGUGAUGAUCUCCAAUCUUCUCGACCGUCGCAAAUGGCUGGUGUUUUGUUUUCUGGUGUUUUUCGAAGGAUGAUGAUGUUUUAAUUCUAUAGACACCUGUCCAAUUCACCCUGCUCUCCACACUCUGAGGAUCAAUCUUAGCUCUUAUCACCUUAUCAGUGAUCUGCUACGGAGUGCUGAUAUAUAGUCAACCCCACCAUACUGAUGUCUCUCAUUUCAGCAUUUCGACCUCGCUCAACACGAGAAACUUCUCCUCAAAAGUCCCGUCUCAGACUAAGAAGAGGCCAUAGACGACAGGACCACACUGAAUCCGAAGCAGAGGGGGAUGGUGACAAUGCCCACUCCAUCAUCACCCCGUCGAAGCAUACACCCAAGCCGUUGCGAGUCCUGCGGGGAUCUGUCUCUGCUGGGGGUCCUUUGCGUCCCUUUCGACUGGUGAAGCAGGAUAUUCUCAAUUUGCGCCGGCGCUACGUAUCGGACUGGAAGAUCUUUAACCAACUGGUCUUUGCCAGCGCUGUCUACGUAUUCUUCACCAACUUACUGCCAGGAAUCACGUUUGCCAGUGAUCUCUAUGUCUUGACAGGCAAAAGCUGGGGGGCGAUCGAGGUCGUUUUCAGUACAGGACUUUGCGGAAUUAUCUUUUCGCUAUUCUCUAUCCAACCACUGACAAUCCUAGGUGUAACUGGUCCUUUCUCGGUCCUAGCUGAGAAUAUAUACUCGCUAUGCCAGGAAAUAUUUAAUAUUCCUUUCUUGCCGUUCAUGGCGUGGUCCCUGAUCCAUUCUGCUUGGUUGCACUAUGUAUUGGCCAUCAUCAAUGCUCAUGACUGGACAAUGCGCUAUGUGACUACCUUUGCCACGGAAAUAUUCUCACUCCUCAACAGCAUAAUCUACUUCCACAAAGCCAUUCAGGAGCUCGAGAGAGCACACGAAACCCUCUCAUUUGCAGCCUUUCUCUAUGCCGUUAUUGGUGCAGCAGGAACAAUGCUCUUGGCUAUCUUCCUAUCAACAGCCGAGAACUGGCGACCUCUCUUUCAUCGUUAUAUACGACUUGGGUUAGCAGAAUAUGCAGCGGCCAUCUCCAUCAUACUCUUCAUCGGUCUACCGCAUGUUGGUGAGCUGGCUCACCUGGACAAGAUGACCCUUCCGGUCAGCCAUUCAUUUCGACCAACAUCUCCUGACCGUGACCGAUUCUUUGUUGAAUUUUGGAAGCUGCCAAUUGGUUGGAUAUUUGCUGCUGUGAUCCCCGGAAUCAUCAUCACAAUGUUGUUCUUCUUCGACCACGAAGUAAGUUCGAUUAUUUGCACGAUUGAUCGGUAUGGGACACGGAAACCUGGUGGCUUUGCAUGGGAUAUCGUUCUACUCGGUACCACGACAGCCCUGUGUGGAAUUCUGGGGAUCCCCCCUUCCAAUGGGCUUCUACCACAAGCCCCCUUGCACUCCGAAUCGUUGAUGCAUACCGAACAGGAACAACACACAAUCACUGUAGACGGCGAGGAAAAGGUCGAGAACCGUGAAGUGAGACGGGUUUAUGAGCAGCGGUGGUCAGCUUUUCUACAUUCCGGCGCUAUUUUGCUUUUCAUCAGUCCUCCAUUCAUGACAGUGCUCGGUUUGACACCCACGAGCGUGCUUGCUGGUCUCUUCCUCUUCAUGGGAGAACAAAGUUUAUCAGUGAAUCCAAUUCUAUACCGAACUUUCUACCUUCUCACCCCGCCUUCCGAGCUCCCAUCUUUACCACCAUCUUUAGCAAAGAGGGACAGCUCCUCUACCGGCACGGACAACCAGCCUCCUCAAAGCCCUUCAUACAUUCCCAUCCAUCUCUACACUAUUCUGCAAAUUGUCAUUACCGUAGCCAUCUUCAUCUUGACCCUAACACGAGCCGCACCCGCAUUCCCAGUGCUCAUCAUUGCUUUGGUGCCUUUUCGACUACUUGUGAUGAACCGGUGGUGGCCACGUGAGGUUCUCAGAUUCGUUGAUGCAUGGGCCUGUCGUGAAGGGACUCCAGAGGAUGAUGAGGAUGCAAGGGCAAAUGCAAAGACAGAUGAGCUUCGUGGAGAGGGUUCCAGUGGUGGAAGUGGGGAGGAUGGUUUUCUCUCCGGUCGUGACGGGAAUGCAGUCAACAUAGAUACUGCUUCGAGAGCGGCGAGAGCAGAUGGCCAUGGUAGUAAUGAGUCAGAGAAUGAUUGGAUUGAACUGGAUGUUCGUAUGCAUACGGACGAGGAGAUUGGAAGGAAGAUCAGUUAACGUUAUUUGUUCCCAUCAUGAGAUAGGGUGGUUUGUAAGUCAUUCAAAAUUCAUGCUGAUAGGAAGUACAAUCAAAAUGGAGUGAGUUGUCUAGAUUUUUAUAAAAAAAAUUAACACAUAGAAGUCACAAACUUUCCCC